AUGGCUUCAAACAACCCUCCAACACCACCACAACAAGUCAAUGAAGUCAAUACUAUUGCCCAACAACAAAAGUAUCAACUUGAUCAUUACUGGAAUAAGCAGCGCCAACAGAUGGAUGUAACAGAUCAUGACUUCAAGAAACAUGAAUUUCCUUUGUCACGAAUCAAAAAGAUCAUGAAGUUCGACCAGGAUGUUGAAAUGGUGGCCACAGAAGCUCCAGUCCUCUUAGCUAAAGCUUGUGAGUUCUUUAUUCAAGAACUCACCAUCAAGUCCUGGCCUCCUGCUGAGCAUUCUGGACGUCGAACCCUUCGUAAGAAUGACAUAGUUGAGGCGAUCAAUGGAACGGACUCUUACAAGUUUCUGUUUGAUUAUCGUCAUGAUGGACCGGCGGCUGGUGGAAGCAGCUCCAUGUUUUCCUCUCAUGCAGAUCCUGAGCCAGUGGCUUCGUCGUCUUCUGUGCCUCCGCCUGUUCAGACGUGGAUUAGGAAUGGCCAUGAUGAGAAUGAGAUGAAUGUCGACGAUGAGAAUGAGAAUGAGGAUGAGAUGAUUGAUGCAGCUAAUUAA